AACUAUCGGAGUUAAACUUCCGCGGGAAAAGCUGGAGGUAGGCCUACGUGAAUGUAGGCUUAACUGAUUUCUGCUUCAAUUCAUUGCAAGGUAUUGACACAUUCACUGGUUUUAAAAAAACAUGACAAAGUGCCUUGAUAUGGUAUGAAGUAGCAUAUAUAUCACUUGAGCAAUGAGUGAUAAGAUAGCUGGUGUUGAGACGGCGGCCAAGAGGGUGCUGACCCGCGCUGUAGAGCUUGAUGCCAGCCGAAGGUUUGAUGAAUCUGUCGUCUGCUAUCAGGAAGGAAUCCAUCUUUUGAUGGAGGUCCUCAAAGGUACUAGUGACCAGACAAAGAAGAAUGCAGUAAGGAAGAGGAUAGAAGAGUACAUGGGUCGAGCAGAACAGAUAAAAGUUCACGUCCAGGAAGCCAAGGAAGCUGGGAAAUCCCAUGAACAGAUCCAGAUAGAUGAGUACUCUACUGGCCAUGGGUAUGAGAGCCUGUUUGGGAGAUACCUUGAUGGGUUCCUGACAGAGGUUCACAUAGAAGACCCUUACAUCAGAUCUACACACCAGGUGUACAAUUUGCUGCGUUUCUGUGAGAUGCUGGUGAAGAGUGAGUCUCCAGUGACUAAAGUCCGUCUGUACACUGGCAGAGAUGAGAGUGAAGACUCAAGGAAACAGCAACAUAACAGGCUAGACCAGAUAACAAGGAGUCUACAGAAACACAAUGUACAACUUGUUGUCGAGUACAACGAUGCUCUGCAUGACCGCGAAAUCAGGUUCAAUAACGGCUGGAUUUUGAAAAUUGGACGUGGACUGGACAUAUUCAAAGCUACUGAAUCUAAGUUUACGAUAGGAUUUUGUGACUUUGACCUUCGACCUUGCCACAAAACUACUAUUGAUAUUUUCCAUUCAAACUAUUUACACAAGACUGAUACUGUGUAGUGAUUCGUGCUUGUGUUUUCACCAGAAACUGUGUUGUUAAAUGGUGUUUUGUGACCAUACUGUCAUAUUUAUGAAUAUCUACAUAUAUUUUGCUGAGACAGGUCAAAUCAGACAUCUUCACUGCGCCAAAUCUGUAGUUAUCAUGAUGUCAUCAAAUGUUGUGUACAAGAUAAACAUCAAUGAUUAUGUGUGAUAAAAUGUAUGAGUCGGAUGAGUCUUUCCGUACCAUCUAUCAUUUUUCUUUUACGUUCAAUUUAUCAUUUUAAGGAUGGAUUAUGCAGUAACAUGUGAUGUCAUCAGAUGUUGUGCAGUAACAUGUGAGGUCAUCAGAUGUUGUGCAGUAACAUGUGAGGUCAUCAGAUGUUGUGAAGUAACAUCUGAUGUAGUCAGAUGUUGUGUAGUGAUUUUAUGUCAACAGAAGCUUGAACUAUUUAUUGAGGUAUUAUGUAUUAAUGUCAUGUCAUCGCUUCUCACAGCGUGCUCAAACAAAUUUUCUUGUAAGUCGCUUAAAUCAUGCCAAACAAUCAAAAAGUCAAAUGUAAACAUUGAGAACAGUAUUUGGCUCAAGUCCCUUAUUUUUCCAAAAUCAUUGACAAAAUAGGUAUCUUUAUAAAUUUUUAACGGGAACAAGAAAUUAGGCUUGAGCACAAAAACUAUGCUUUAGCAUGAGAACUGUUUCAUGAAUACGGGCCCAGGUAUAUAUUUUGUGAUGCUUGGAAGGACAGUGCCAUAUAUGGUUUACAUAAAAACAAUUCAGCACCAUGAAAUGAAGUGAUUUUCUGUUGUUUAUGCAGCUUCUAAUGUAUAAAUUAUGAGUUUUAUCAGAUGUGCUUCCCUGUGAUAUUGAUUAUAAUUUUUGUACCAUUCUUAAUGAAUAUGUCAUGUUAUACACCUAUAGGUAGAAGUAGAUAUCAUUAUUGUACAUGAUGUGAAUCCACAUUGAUAAAUGAAAAGGUUAAUUGUAAGUAAAAAAAAGUACCGGUAUUUUGAGCCUUGAAAAUGAAAAACAAAAUGGUGGUAAUUAAUUGAAAAUGUUAAAUAGGAAAUUACCAUGUAGUUUCAAAAAUCUGGGUUAAUAGAAGAAAUCUUCAAAGUAAUAAUGUUGAAAGCAAAAGAGGAAAGUGGACGAAAUUAUUUGGAACAAUAACCAUUCAGUUUUCUGUUAUAAUAUCGAUAGCAGAAACCCUGGAGAGAAGACAAGCUUAAAAUUUAUAAUGAAUGUGUUGGCUGAUCCUUCAAAACACCUUAAGGUGGGCUUAUAAUUAUUCCCAAGUGUAGAAAAGUUCCGGAAGGGAAGUAACUCUUCCAGUCUUCUGCACUAAAACGAUAUCAAUGCUAUUAUUCUACAUGUAACUUUAUAGAUUAACUAAUAUGUCUGGGUAUUAAUCAACAAUUUUUGUUUCAAUUCUUUUUAUAAAAUAUAUUGAAUACUGGUUUAACAGUAAAAGACAUUCUUUUAUCAAAUAAAUUUGAGAAGAAAACUUGACGUAGUUGUGU